AGAAUAAGAAAUCUUGUCAUUCCCCUUCCUCGAGUUCCCCAUUUGACCGAGAAAGCAGCGUGUGGUAUGGAGAGUGUGUGAGCAUAAAGUUCUGAUUUUGAAUGAAUGUUUACUAUAAUUAAGAGGUUCCCGUCUCAUGGUCUCUUUCGGUGGAGGCGCAGCAUUUGGAAUCCAGAGGAGGGAGGAGAGAGGGAAAGGGGUACCAAAAAAAGAAUGAAAAGGACGACAAAGGAAACUUGCUUUUGAUCUGGAGCAAGAAAAUGAGGGGCAGGAAUAGGAAGUAAAAGCUAACCCUAGGAGCGGGAUUUGGUUCUUGACGGUGGAAGAAAGGGGAGCGGAGGACGGGAGGAGGUGAUGGGCGUGGAGGAGGAGGCCUUUUCUUGAAAUAGAUUUGGGGACAGAGGAGGGGGCGGAGGCAAAGGGAAAGAUGGUGGUGGACGACUGCUGCUUUUUACACAAGAAGGUAAAAGAGGAAGACGUUCUAUUUUGAGAUGAAACUCGGAUCUUUGAUGGUUUUACCGUAUGCUUUGCCAAAGUUGGACUCCCUAGUGAUUAAGCCUCAAAAGAAAUAUCCUCUUGGGUUGUGGAUGGCUGUAUUGGGGUUGAUCAUGAUCAGCGGCAUCUAUAUAUGCUCCCUAUGUCUAAAGCAGAGAGUGCUCCUAGUCACACCUAAUCAAAUGAAGGUAAAAUCAACAAGGCAGACUUGCCGUGAUCCUAGCAUCCCAAAGUCCGAGCUUCGUUAUAUGCAUUAUCCAGAGCCCAUUAGUUACAGUAGGGAAGAAUGUGCUUGCACGCCGGUUAGGUUCUUUGCUAUUCUAUCGAUGCAGAGGUCUGGAAGUGGGUGGUUUGAAACAUUGUUAAACAGUCAUGUUAAUGUCAGCUCUAAUGGUGAAAUUUUCUCUGUGAAAGAAAGGAGAAGUAACAUUUCGACUAUCACAAAGACACUAGAUAAAAUCUACAAUUUGGAUUGGUAUAGUAGUGCCUCUAAAAAUGAAUGUACCGCAGCUGUUGGCCUCAAGUGGAUGCUUAAUCAGGGUCUCAUGCAACACCAUGAAGAGAUUAUUGAAUACUUCAAGAAGAGAGGGGUUUCUGUAAUACUUCUCUUCAGAAGAAAUCUACUUCGUCGUCUGGUUUCAGUACUCGCAAAUACUCAUGAUCGGGAUGCCAAGCAGCUAAAUGGGACCCAUAAAGCUCAUGUACAUUCCAAGGAUGAGGCUGAUGUACUUGCUCAAUACAAGCCCACAAUCAAUACGACAUUGUUGAUCCCUGAGCUAAAGCAUACAGAUAAAUGGGCUUCUGAAGCUCUAGGCUACUUCAAGAGCUCCUGCCAUAUUCUUCUCUACUACGAGGAUCUCGUCAACAACACGACUAAGCUGAUGGAUGUCCUAGAGUUUCUGAAACUACCCCGACAGAAACUUUUCAGCCGCCAUGUCAAGAUCCACAAUAAGCCAUUGUCUGAUCAGAUAGAGAACUGGGAUGCCGUUCAUGCUGCCCUCAAGGGAACAGAAUACGAGAGCUUCGUAAACACGGACUACGGGGUCGCUACAUCCAUCAACAAAAGUUGUAGGGCGAAUUUUGGUUCUUUCAUUCUAACAAAUAUUUUUUUGUGACAUCCAUCAACAAAAGUUGUUGGGCAAAUUUUGGUUCUUUCAUUCUAACAGAUCUUUUUGAUGUCCUUUGUUUUAUGUGAUUUACUUAGCUGUAAA